CUCCUCAAACUCUCGCCUGAACGACUCCAACCAACCCGGAACUUUUAGGUCAACUAAUCAUUGCUGAGAACUUAUCGCAGGGAGUUUCCUCCUGUUCGUGUGAGCAGCGCCACGGUGAGAGAAGACACUCCUGCGGACUGAACUCGUUCCUUCCGAGGGGGAAAGAGACAGUUGCAAAUGUUUCUCGCUCCAACUGCGGCGGUUCCUGUGGGACAGUAGCCCUCGACUUGUCUUUUCAAACCAGCUAAAGAGUGGUGGAGUUAAGAGGUGCCAACAUGCCUCAACAGAAGGACAUCGUGAAGAUAGCCAUCCAGAUGCCUGGGGCCUACCCCCAGCUCAUACAACUAGACCAGAAAAAGCCUCUGUCUGCUGUAAUAAAGGAAGUAUGUGAUGGCUGGAAUCUCCCGGGUCCCGACAACUACGCUCUGCAGUACGCUGAUGGAGUGCAGACGUACAUCACUGAAUCGAAUCGUCUGGACAUUAAGAACGGCUGCAUUCUGCGUCUGACCAAGGCACCGGGCCGCUGUGCAGAAGACCUGUACAAGGGUAUCCAGAGCUCGGACUCGGGUGUGCGCUGCGAUUCGCUGAAGGAACUGGCGAAUGUUUCCACAGACGUGACCUUCGCUCAGGAGUUCAUCAGUCGAGACGGACAUCUCUUAUUGGUCAAAAUAGUAGAGGACGCUAAUGAGAGUAAUGUGAUAAUGACCCACACACUGACAGGCUUCAUGGAACUGAUGGAUCAUGGGAUAGUUUCAUGGGAGAACCUGUCAUCUGUCUUUAUCAAGAAGAUUGCUAGCUUUGUCAACGCCAAGCUGACCGAUGCAUCAAUACAGCAGGUGUCAUUGGACAUCCUAGAGAGCAUGGUGCUGAGCAGCCACGGCCUCUUUCUGCAGGUCAAACAGGAAGUCACUAUGGAGCGGCUCAUCGCUCACCUCCAGGUGACGAACCAGCAGAUACAGACCAAAGCUAUGGCCCUACUUAUGGCACUACUACAAACUGCCGGGGACUCAGACAGACAGGAUAUUUUUGCAUUCCUGAGUAAGAGGAAUCUCCGGCAGUACAUUUAUAAAAACAUCAUCCAUAGUUCUGGUUCAGUCCAGGACGAGAUGGCCCACUACCUCUAUGUUCUACAGUCCGUUACCUUAAAUCACCUGGAGGCCCGCAUGAGGACUCCUAUGGACUGCUACAGCCAGGAGCAGAGAGAUACCCUUCACAAUUUGCGGCAGGCAGCAUUUGAGAACGAGAGUGAGAACAGUCUGAGCAACGAGAGACGACGCUCGCUCUGCGCCAAAGAGUUCAAGAAGUUGGGCUUCUCUAACAAUAGUAACCCUGGUCAGGACUUGGUGCGAACGCCUCCUGGUCUUCUAGCUUUGGACACCAUGUUUUAUUUUGCUGCACGCUAUCCUGAUGCCUACAGCAGGUUUGUCCUGGAGAACAGCAGCAGGGAAGACAAACAUGAGUGUCCAUUUGCCAGAAGCAGCAUCCAGCUCACACUCAUCCUGUGUGAAAUCCUUCGUAUCGGCGAGCCCCCCUCAGAGACGGGAUCUGACUACCAUCCCGUCUUCUUCAGUCAGGAUCGACUGAUGGAGGAGCUCUUCUGUGUUUGCAUUCAGCUGCUCAACAAGACCUGGAAGGAGAUGAGAGCCACACAGGAGGACUUUGACAAGGUGAUGCAGGUGGUGAGGGAGCAGAUCACCAGGACGUUGUCCAGUAAGCCAACCUCCCUGGAGCUCUUCAAGAACAAAGUCAACGCCCUCAACUACGGCGAGAUCCUCAAACUGCGGCAGACGGAACGGCUGCACCAAGAAGAGACUCUUGCUCCACCCGUACUUGAGCUCAAAGAGCGCCUGAAGCCAGAGCUGCUUGAGUUGAUCCGCCAGCAGAGACUCAACAGGCUGUGUCAAGGAACAAUGUUCAGGAAGAUUAGCAGCCGACGCAGACAGGAUAAAUUGUGGUACUGCCGCUUGUCCCCUAAUCACAAAAUGCUUCACUACGGAGAUGCGGAAGAAGACACUGACAAUCCCACAGUUGAAACACUGCAAAAGAAGAUUCCAGUAGCAGAUAUCAAAGGCUUGCUGACGGGAAAAGACUGUCCCCACAUGAAGGAGAACAAGGGCAAACAUAACAAGGAGGUGCUGGACUCGGCAUUUAGCAUCACAUAUGAUGUCGAAGAGGCCAGCCUGAACUUUAUUGCCCCUUCCAGAACAGAUUUCUGCCUGUGGACAGAUGGACUGAGCGUUCUUCUGGGCCGGGAGAUGAGUAGUGAAUCUAUGCGCAGCGAGCUGGAAAUCCUGCUCUCUAUGGAGAUUAAGCUCCGCCUCCUGGACCUUGAGAACGUUCCCAUCCCCGACAUUGCACCGGUCGUCCCCAAACCGCCGAGCAACUACAACUUCUGCUACGACUUCAGCCAGACUGAGCAGUAGUGUGUGCAUUCGCUGCAGUGCAACUAGGACGCGUGAAUGUGUAAAUAUGUGUACUUGUGUCUGAAAUAAGUGGGGUGUGUGUGUGUUGAGAUUUGACCCGUGCAUCCAUGCACUUAUUCCUAUAACACCGAUUUAAUUCUAAAUAUAUCUUAACUAAACUAUGUAUGGUACAUUGUGUGUGUGUGUGUGUGUGUGUGUGCGCGUGUGUGUGUGUGUGUGUGUGUGAGGUUGGUUUUUACUGGUCGAGGCAAUUGAUGCUUUGACCUUUGUCUUAAAUGUGCUAGUUGCGUUCAUUUGUCAAAUUCUUGUAUUUUAUUUUUAAAUGGGCAUUACCUAGAACACAGUGCUUUCUCAAGAUAUGGUACCUGUCAUUCAUGUCCAACAUAUGAAAAGACAAAUACAGUUUAUUUUUCAUGUUGGACAGUAUUUAGCUUAAAUAUUCCUAAUACAGGUACUGGCCUUGGUACGGAUCCCAGUGGCUCAGGAUGAUUACUAUGGAGCCCUGUGCGACUUUUAUUUCUAUUAUAGUGACGGAGAUCUACACUAGAUGCCAAGCUGACCUUUAUUUUUUAACAAUAGGAAACUGUACCUUCAACAGUUUAAGUAUGACAAUUGUUAUAUCCAACUAGACAUCAUCUCUGUAUAUGUGUCUUAUGACACAGUAUGCAAUCAGUGGUCUUUCUCAACUGUCUUGGAUCUGAUUCUGAAAUUGUAGUCGAUUUUAUACCAUGUACAAUAUUAUGAUAAUGAUGAAAAUGUGAUGGAGGCAACAUGCUCAGUCACAGUUUGCUACACGCUGACUCACAAAGCACUCGAUGGUGACACUCAAAGCAGCUCCGUAAUAACUGACAGGUCUACAGGAUGUCACGUGGUGUGUUUUUGGCACAAGGUUACUUCUGCAUUCCUGACAUGCAACUUUCUGUAAGAAUAUCCACUUUGAAUUGAACACUUUGGGUGACUUCACAAUAAUAAACAGUUUGAUGUAUACUGAGAGAAGAAACAAGCAC